CCCAGCCGCUCCACGGUCGUUGCGUGCGAGGUUCGAGCAGCUGCGUACGAGCCCGCGAAUACGGAGCCCACGAGUGGGCCGCUCCAUCAUCUCGUCGCGCGCCCACUCUGCCGGUGUCGCGGCGCACCACGUGUCGCAUCCGUCCUUCGAGGGGUCGGCCAUCCAUAGCACUGCUAGCGUCCUGCAGGAGCGUGCCGAUCUGCUGGAGCGCGUCCACGAUCUGGAGGACAGGCUGAAGGAGGCGUACCACCGCAACCCACAGAUGGCGGAGUUCCAGCUGAUGCGCGAUGAGAUGACGGCGGCGCGACAGGAAAUUGCCACGCUGCGGGCGGAGCGCAACCAACUACUUGAGCAGACCAAACGGUAUUCUAUGUACAAACUCACCCCAGAAAUGGAGCCUGCCGAGGGCGACGAUGAGUACGUUGCUGGUGGCGCCAUCCGUCACAGCUUGGCCGCCCGGACUAUACGCGAGCUGGAGGAGCAGCUACACAUCGCCCACGCUCAGAUACAGCAGCUGGAGGUGCAGAUCACCAUGCGCUCCCUCCACAGCGUUGACUCCCCUGCCGCAUUCGACAGCAGCGCUGAUGAACAGUGGGCGGAGGCAUGCAAUGAGAGUGCUGCAACACCCACUGUGGGUGCUGCUGCUGCUGUUACUGAGAAGAUGGCGUUGCAGAGGCGUCUGGAUGAGGCACUGCAGCAAUUGGAGGUGCAGCGUAGCGCCGCGGCGGCGGCGGAGGAGCGGCUCAAUCAAGAAAUACAUGCCCACAAGGCCUCGCUCGAGGAGACGCAGCAGCUACAAGAGGAGCUCACAAGCGUCUGGAGACGGUUGGAGAGCACUGAGUACCAACUCAAGUUGGUGCUCGAGGAGCGCGACGGCAUGGACGAUGUC